AUGUUGUUGCUUUACAUGAAAUAUUCGUUUCUGUUUUGGGUGCUAAUUGAUAGCAAUCAAGGUGAUCUUUUGCUGAUGCGCAAAAUUUCGGAGGACGAGACGCUGCUGCAAGUGGCAAGCUGCACACAGGACUGCCUGCAAGAGAAUCGCGCAACAUAUCCAGUUAAAUUGGGCUUUAAUGACUGUCUUGUCGACUGCCAGAAUAACAGCAACAUUUCUAAUGGAACGCAAGUGCACAAGAUACAGGAGAACUUUAUGUUGAGCCCGGUUUGUCGCACAGAGUCGGAGAUUAGCUUUCGCUUUGUCUGGGUGCAGCAUAGCAUAGCGUCAAAGCAACUAGCGCCAAAUGUAAUUUACAUUAUUAAGAUUGCAAAAGACGUAAACUUUAUAAAAGACACAACGGUUUACUUGUCAGAUGACAGUUUCUUUACGCUACCGAAUUUGCAAAACAAUACCAAGUAUAUGAUUACGACGCUGGCAGUGCAUGCAGAUGGUGCCUACUCGCUCAUAGGCAUCCAGGAACAAUUUGGUACAUUACGUGGUGGCUAUAAGCCCGACAAAAUGGGCUAUGUGCAGCUGCGCAGCUUUCAGCAGCAGUCGGACAAUUGGCAGCGCCUAGAGGCACAAGUGGAGUGGCAGCCAUCAGCAGAUCGCAAUUGCUAUUUUGACAUUUUGUACUACUCUACAAACAGCCAAAGCAUGGGCGCUAUGAUUCCAGUCAAUAUACGUGAUCCACGCCAACUCUACACUUACACCAUCAGCAAUAUGAGUUUUGGCGAGCAGUUAAAAGUGGGAGUGCGCACUAUUAACGAGAAGAAUAAUUUGGAGAGUCCAGUGGAAUGGAUUACAAUACAAGCGCCCAAUUGCCUUGAUUGGUAUAACUACAACUACACGCUAUGCGCGCCACUUAAGCCCAGCAAUGUCAGCGUGCAGCAGCUGCACAUGCAACAAAAUAUCUUGGCCUUGAACGUCAGCUGGGCUAUGCCCAAAUAUCUGCCCGAUUACUACACGCUGCACAUAUUCGAUCUGCACAAGGACAGCGCUCAGUUCACUUACAGGCUGUCGGGUCAAGCAAACUCAUUCUACAUUGCCAAUGUAACGGUUUUGGGCGCAAUCUUUGAACUGCAUCUCACAGCUCAUUCAGAGGGUGGGCUUAAUGCUACUUCUGUGCUAAUCAGCAAGGAUCCCAUGGUGACCUGGCAACAAAAGUUAAGCAUCUAUAUAGACGGCAGUCUGGGCAAGCUGCUACUCUUUCUCUUGAUACCCAUUUGCUGCAUUGCUGUGCUCUGCUCGCUGACUCUGUGCAAGCAGAAGGAGCUCAAGGAUUGCGAACAGUUGGAAACCAAGGAUUUGAAGAGUGCGCCAAAUCUAGCUGCGGACUUUCACUUGUCGCUACUUAACGAAAGCAGCUUAUUGGCCACGCUCUCCGUGGACGAGCACUUUGACGAUGAGCUGGAAGUGGAGCCACAUGAUGUUUUACUGCAGGACGUGCUAGGUGAGGGCGCCUUUGGUUUGGUGCGUCGUGGCAUUUACCAGCAGCGCCAGGUGGCCGUCAAGCUGCUCAAGGUUGAGCGCAAUGCGGAGGAUGUGCAGGCUUUCAAGCGCGAAAUACAAAUGCUCAAGGCUUUGGGCAGGCAUCCAAACAUAGUUGGCAUUGUGGGCUACUCCACCAGAAGCAGCGAGCACAUGAUGCUGCUGACCGAAUACUGCGGUCUGGGUAGUCUGCAAAGCUUUCUACGCAAUGAAUGGAAGUUUCGUCAGGAGUGCAAGAAUCUUAAUCAGCAGCUACCAGCAACAACUGUAAAUGACUCACAGCAGUCUUUACCCACACAACCAUUGAAGCAUUUGGAAUUUCAUACACGCAUUGAAGAGAUAAAUUGUUCCAUGCUGUCCACGCUGCUGGAGGAAACCGAAUCGGAAGCAGAAGCCGCCACAGACACUGGCGUUAAGAUUUUUAAUGCUGCAGCAAAUAAGGGCUAUGGAUUGCACGAUAUAGAAAAUGUUGAUGGCAAUUUAAUGCAGCCUACUAAUCCUGUCAAGAAUCGCGCUGUUAGCUUCGAGAAUCGCGAAUAUUUUUGUACACCGCAGCCUGAGAGUCAAAAUAAGACGUUACGAGAGCCACUUACAGAUGCAGAUCUCUUGGAUAUAGCACAACAGGUGGCCGUUGGCAUGGAUUUUCUGGCUCAGAACAAGAUUGUGCAUCGCGACCUGGCAGCACGUAAUGUGCUCAUUUCACUCGAUCGCACCGCCAAGAUUGCCGACUUUGGCCUAAGCCGUGAUGUUUACCAUGAGAAUGUCUAUCGCAAGUCUGGGGGCAGUGGCAAGCUGCCCAUCAAGUGGCUGGCCCUGGAAUCGCUCACCCAUCAGGUGUACACCAGCCAGAGCGAUGUUUGGUCCUUUGGCGUGCUGCUGUAUGAGAUUAGCACGUUGGGUGGGAUUCCGUAUCCCUCCAUCUCACCUGGAGAUCUGCUGCAGCUGCUGCGUCAGGGCCAACGCAUGAAGCAGCCCGAGAACUGCUCAGAUGAAAUGUUUGCCUUGAUGAACAACUGCUGGUGCUCCAUACCAGCGAACAGACCCACAUUUGGCGAACUCAAGCAACAACUGGACAUCAUGCUGCUUGCCACCAAGCAGCUGCCACAGCGUCUGCAUCAGCAGAGUAUCAGUACUGCUCCAGAUGCAUUAAAUAAUAUGCACAGCCGAGUGGAGCAACUGCCGCCAGAUGAUAGACACUAUUUGCAACCCUUGCACUAGCAUUGACCCUAAAUUUAAAACUGUAAAGUGUGUUUAUUUGUAAUUACAGUGCAAUACCUUCUAAGUAGUUGUUAAUGUAAAAUUGAACAAAGCCAAGUAGCUGCAAAACAUUUAUAAAUAUUAGACUAGCAACACUAAAUAGUUAAAUUUAUUUGGAAACAAUUUUAUAGUAAAGAAAGCUUAUACAAGAUACAAGCUGGACACCAAGGAGCGACAGUUGG